AUGCAUAUGCAAAUGCAGGCCCAUGUCCUUCAGAAUAUCCGUUGGGAUCUAGAAGUUCUCGCUGUUUGGGCUUCCAAGCCGAGAGUACAUUUGAGUCACAUGGCCAUAAACAAUGGAAGCGAGCACGUGGUGGAGGCCGUCGCGAUCCACAUCGAGGAUGUCGGGGAGCCACAUCAUUCCGAGCAACCUCCCACCACGCUAUGGAGUCAGAUCGACGAACAGCCAAGCGGCUCAUUACCUCUCAUUGCCAUUGUGGGCAUGGGGAUGAGAUUCCCUGGUAACAUCCGAACUGCUGAGGAAUUUUGGUCACUGCUGGUGGAGAAAAGGAGCGCCCUAGGCGAGAUCCCUCCAGGAAGGUACCUUGGAGACUCUUUCUAUCACCCAACCAGGCCCCAUGAAAUCAAAACUAAGCACGGAUACUUCUUGCAGGAAGAGUAUCUUGGCAAGGUUGAUAAAGACUUUGUCGGAAAACCAUCAGAAGCGGGAAGUUUAGAUCCUCAGCAAAGACUUCUGCUCGAGGUUGUGUGGGAGUGUAUGGAGAAUGCUGGCCAGUCGGACUGGAGAGGCCGCGAUAUCGGCUGUUUCGUAGGAAGUUUCGGAGAAGAUUGGCUCGAAAUCACCAGCAAAGACACUCAGUACAUAGACCGGUUUAGAGCUAUGGGGACGGGAGACUUUGCGUUUGCCAACCGAAUUUCAUUCGAGUUCGACCUAAAAGGUCCAAGUAUCACAUAUAAAACGGCAUGCUCUUCUUCCCUGGUUGCAUUACAUCAAGCUUGUCAAUCAAUAUACUCCGGCGACUGCUCUGCGGCCAUUGUUGGGGGGAGCAGUAUCAUAUUCUCCCCUACAAUGUCUGUAACAAUGUCCGAUAAUUUGGUCUUGGCUCCUGAUGGCAGAUGCAAGACUUUCGAUGCCUCAGCAGACGGGUACGGGCGCGGAGAAGGCAUCAAUGCCAUAUUCAUCAAGCCGUUGGAUGCUGCCAUACGGAACGGUGACCCCAUUAGGGCCAUUAUUCGCUCGACAGCAACCAAUAGUGAUGGAAGAACUCCGAAUAUCUCAACACCGGACCGGGAAAGCCAAGAGACCCUUAUCUGGCGAGCAUACAGCAGAGCGGGGAUCAGCGAUCCCUGUCAGACGGCAUUGUUCGAGUGCCAUGGAACCGGAACAACUAUAGGCGACGUGACAGAAACUCAGGCUGUUACUAGCGUUUUCGGAGAGAAGGGAAUAUUUAUUGGUGCGGUAAAACCAAAUGUUGGCCACAUGGAAGGCGCAUCUGGUUUGACCAGUGUGAUCAAAGCCGUUCUUUCCUUAGAACAUAGACAGAUUCCCCCGAAUAUAUAUUUUGAGACACCACACCCGGAGAUUCCAUUUGAGGUUGGCAAAUUAGAGGUACCGAUAGACACAUUACCAUGGCCGGAGGACAAAGAGGCGAGGGUGAGUGUAAACAGUUUUGGAAUCGGAGGAGCAAAUGCCCAUGUUAUAUUAGACGCCUUUCAACAGCACGACAUUAUUUCAGCCCCGCGAAAAUACUCACAUCAGAUCUUAGCCCUGUCUGCAUGGGGAGCGAAUGCCCUUAAUAAGAAAAUCGAACAACUUCAAUCGUACAUUGAGCAACACCCCCGUGCGUUGAGAAACGUUGCCUUCACAUUUAGUUCUAGGAGAGAUCAUUUAUCUCAUCGUGCUUUUGUGGUUACAGACGGCGAUGCAAUAAGUACCGAUGCGUUUCAAAGGGGGCAUUUACCUGAGCUGCAAGCAUCGGAGUUGAUCUUCGCCUUCACCGGUCAAGGUGCACAGUGGCCCGGAAUGGCUAGGAGCCUCAUUGAUGCAUAUUCCCAAUUCUCCAAUGAUUUGCAGAUAAUGGACGGUACCCUUAAAGGCCUUCCACUUCCGCCAAAGUGGCUCUUACAUAAUACCCUGAUGAACUGCGACCAGACUACAAUGGACCGUGCUGAGUGCUCUCAACCGCUAUGCACUGCCAUUCAGCUGGCUAUGAUCAAUCUUCUCGCGUCAUGCGGUAUACACCCAUCCAAAGUGAUUGGCCAUUCCAGCGGGGAAAUUGCUGCUGCAUAUGCAUCGGGGGCCAUCUCAAUGGAGACAGCUAUAAUCCUAGCAUACUAUCGUGGCCAGGUAUCUUCGCAAUGUGAGGGGAAAGGGGCUAUGAUGGCAGUGGGUAUGGGCCCAAAACAAGUCCGUUCUUACAUUACAGAUGGUAUCGUUGUCGCCUGCUAUAAUAGCCCCGAAAGUGUGACUUUAUCAGGAGACAGGGCAUCGCUGGAAGAGGUGGCAUCAAGAAUACGCAGCGACACACCGGAUACACUAAUUAAAAUGCUUCCUGUCCAAGUUGCCUAUCACUCUAGCCACAUGAUGUUCGCAGCAGCCCACUAUGAAGAACUAAUCCGACCUUACGUGACCUGCAGGCCGAAGUUGGCAGCUCAAAUGUUUUCGACCAUGACUGGCCAAGAAAUCCAGAAUACAAGCCAGCUGGAUGCAGCUUACUGGAGGGCGAACCUGGAAUCACCAGUCCAGUUCACUGCUGCCAUGAGUACAGCGUUGAAGUCGGUGUCUAAACUACCGCAGCCGCCUCUUGUCCUAGAGAUUGGGCCACACUCAGCACUUUCGGGGCCUAUCCGUCAGAUCUCCAAGGAUGUGGAAAUAUCGAACACAUACUGUCCAACCGUAGUCCGGGGGCAGGACUCCACUUCCACGUUUCUGCAAGCCGUGGGUCAGGCGUAUCUCCACGGCUCGCGGGUUCGUUUCGAGGCUGUCAACGGGCCUGGGACCUGCCUAAAAGACAUUCCACCUUAUCCCUGGCAAUACGACGAUUUAGGCUGGGCUGAAAGUCGGCCCCCUCGUCAAUGGCGAUUGCGCAAAUUUCCGCAUCAUGAAUUGCUCGGUUCACGUACCCUGGAAUCGGGUGACUUGGAGCCUUGUUGGAGAAACAUCCUUCGCCUCGAUGAAGUUCCAUGGAUCUGGGACCACAAUGUAAGCGGCCAAAUAGUGUUCCCUUGCGCUGGCUACAUAGCCAUGGUGGCCGAGGCAGCCAGACAAAUCACCGGUUCUGAUAAGAUCUUGUUGCGAAACAUACUGAUCAGAAAUGCCUUGCUUUUGGAGCCGAGUCUCGAAUACGAGCUUCUCACAAGCAUGCGACCAGUAACAGUUAAUGACCUAGUGGAGUCCUCAUGGUACGAGUUUACUGUUUGUUCAUAUGAUGGUAGCUCGUGGAAAAAGCACUGCUCUGGCCAAGUUAUGUCUGGCACGCCCAGCGACCCACCGCCGCUGUCAAGACCCCUUGUAUACCCAAGACCUCUCUCGUCGCCAUAUUUAUAUCGACAACUGAAGAAGGCGGGACUAAAAUAUGGGACAACCUUUCAAGGCCUGCGUGAUAUCACAGUUAGUCCUUCAACUUAUGAAGCCGCGGCGACUGUUGAGGACGAUCCACGCUUGCAUAGUGGCCGCUACCUAAUUCAUCCUACCGCCAUUGACCAGUGCUUGCAGUUACACUGUGUUGCGGCAUGUCGCGGUAUUGCACCGGGGGUCGGUGUAGUUGGUGUUCCCUCGUAUAUUGGUGCGGUGUACCUAACGCACAGCAGCGAGACCAUGUCAUUGGUGGUCAAUCCGACAUCCUCUGGACCUAUGUCUGGUAGGUUGGGAGGAGAUUCAUGUCUGAUACGCAGUGAUAGUAGCAUCGCUCUAUCCAUGUGGGACGCCCGUUUCUUUGCGCUAGAGAGUGAAGCAGCGAUCAUACGCGAAGAGCCGUUUCUCUGCUCCCACAUGAACUACGAACCCGAGAUCCGUCUCAACCUUACAAAAGGCUUGAUCAAGCGGGCAGGUGUGGAUACAGGAUUAGAAACAACAGCUAGGCUUGCCACUUUGGCAAUAUUAGAUUUUGAUGUUCUGGUCCGUGAUUCAACACCAACCGUGCCCCAUAUGACAAAAUAUCAGCAGUGGAUUCAGUCCGAGGCCCUUCGAAUAAGAACGGAAGACUAUCACAGCAUUGAAGAGGCACGAAAUUGGGCACGCAUGAGCCCUGGUGAACGCCUCAGUCUAUGGAAAGCACUACUUGACAAAGUUCCCGAUCACAGACUGUCUGGUUUUUUUGCAGAUGCGCGAUACUGCCUUGAAUCGGAGAUGGAGUCCCUAAUGGCGGGAAAGUCAUCGGCGGCACAGGUACUAGCUCCACGUGACUCAUGGAAAGACAUCUAUGCGUAUGCGGUGAAUAUUUUCGAUUGGGAUCGAUUUUUCCGGCUCGUCGCACAUUCCAGUCCUCAGCUACGAAUCCUUGAAAUUGGUGCUGGAACUGGAUCCGCCACGGUGGCUGCAUUGAGAGCUCUAGUCGAUGCCAGUGGAGAUCGAAGUUUCGCCAGAUAUGUUGUGACGGAUGUCACGCCUGGGUUUUUGAUACCCCUGCAGGAGAAGCAUGGAAAUCAAUUGGAAUAUGCCGUCCUUGACAUAUCGCUGUCGCCUGCAGACCAGGGUUUCGACGUUGGAGGCUUCGAUUUAGUUAUCGCAUCCAAUGUAAUACAUGCUACGCCAAGUUUGAACAAGACUCUCAUAAAUGUGAAGACACUACUGAGGCCUGGUGGCUGGUUCUUCCUUCAUGAGCUAUCUGCUGAUGUACCUUAUGUUGAUUGGGUUAUGGGUACCCUCCCCGGAUGGUGGUUAGGGGACUCAGACCAGCGUCUUGAUCGACCUUAUGUCAAGGUCGAUAGAUGGAACGACGAACUCACCAAAGCAGGCUUUCUUGAAAUGGAAGACUUUGUAGAUGACGAAGACUUUCCAUUCCAGUUGUCUGCCACCAUGAUAGCAAGGAGCGCGCCGUUAAAGCCGUCUCUUCCUGUCGUCAGCCUUCUGGGAACCCCGCAGACCCAACAGCACCCUUGGGUAGCAGUCAUUGAGAAGAAACUUGCCAAUCAAGGGUACACCGUUCGUUGGUGUGUACUCGGUGAUUUUGUUGAAGAAGGUGUUGUUAUUUCCCUCCUUGAUCUUGAUGGACCUUUUCUUUACGACUUGUCGGAAGAGUCUUUCUCGAGCUUUAGGAAUUAUCUCUCCGUUGCCCAGCGGACACUCUGGGUCACCCGGCUUUCCCAGAAGACGUGCUCGGAUCCUCGCUAUGGUCUUAUCCAGGGAUUUAGCCGUACCAUAAGAGCUGAGACAGGCAUUGACUUCAGAACCCUGGAGGUUGAUGACUUUAAUGAUACUACUGCGGGCCUUCUAGUCCGUGUGUUCAACGAGUUUCUCGAUGAGAAGGCCAAUCCCUCUGGCAGAGAUUAUGAAUACACCAUUGAAGACAGCAUUGUAUAUACAACAAGAUGCAAUUUCCUAUCAAAAGAGAAGCAGCUUGAAGUUGAAGGCAAUUGCGGACCCCUCCGCCUCCAUCCUGGAGUACGCGGUGUCCUAGAUACGCUCCAGUGGGUGGAAGAGGAACGGCAGAUGGAACUCAAGCCGGAUGAUAUCGAAGUGGAGAUGAAGUAUCUUAGCUUGAACUUCAAGGAUCUCAUGUUUGCCUUAGGCCUACUCGUGACUGAUCUGCCCCUGGGUAUAGAGGGGAGCGGUGUUGUCCGCAGAAUAGGAUCGGAAGUGGUUGAUUUGCACGCGGGAGACGCAGUGAUCGUAAUUCAGCAGGGCACAUUCAAGACUCGAUUAAUCACGCGGGAAACGAACUGUAUGCGCAUCCCAGGCGGUAUAUCUCUCGAACAGGCAUCUGCGAUGCCCUGUGUCUACGCAACGGCCAUUUACUCCCUGCUGACGAUAGGAAAUCUGAACAAAGGACAGACUGUUCUUGUCCAUUCAGCUUGUGGUGGUGUUGGGCUGGCAGCGAUCGACAUUUGCCGCAUGGUUGGUGCUGAGAUCUAUGCCACGGUCAGCAGCGAGGAAAAGAUUCAGUUCCUCAUGAAGAACUUCAAUCUUCCACGAGAUCGUAUCUUCGACUCUCGAAGCGUCUCAUUUCGCAGAGGUGUUCUAGCUGCAACAAACGAACGUGGUGUGGACCUUGUCCUGAACUCUCUGGCAGGAGAACUUUUGCACGCAUCUUGGGACUGCGUGGCGCCCAUGGGCAAAAUGAUCGAAAUUGGUAAACGUGACAUGCUAGAGCAUGGGAAGCUGGAGAUGGUGCACUUUGCUAACAACCGCUCCUUUUUUGGUGUUGACUUGAGUGAGAUGCUCGAUGACUACCCAGACCUUGUCCGGGGAGCAAUCAAUGAGAUGUUUACCUACUGCCAAGAAGGGCGACUUCAGGCGCAAUUAUUUCCACGAAUGUUCGAGGCAGAUGAUAUAGGAAGUGCAUUCCGACAUAUGCAGACUGGCCGGCACAUAGGUAAAAUUGUUGUGAAAAUGCCGGAGGUGCCUCACAGUCUCAAAUACAAACCGAUCGAGAAGAGAUACAUCUUCUCUCCUACAAGGUCGUACCUGCUCGUGGGUGGCUUCGGAGGAAUUGGUCGAGUGCUGGCGACAUGGAUGGUCACCAACGGCGCCAGACAUCUGGUUAUAAUGUCACGAUCAGCAGGACAAUCCGAGUCUGAUCAAGCCUAUGUCAAGGAGCUAGAGAGCCAGGGCUGCACAGUAGCUAUAGUCCAUGGCAGUGUUGAGGACGCAGAAAGUGUCGAGCAAGCAGUCUCUGCCAGCCUCCCAGGUCUCCAAACAACCCUGAAAAGCGUGCUGAAACUGCCCAACUUCGGCAAGGACGAACUCUUCGCGAACAUGUCAUACGCCCAAUGGCUGGCACCCCAAGGCCCGAAAAUCCGCGGUACAUGGAACCUGCACAACGCCUGUUCCGAGAAGCAGCUCGACUUCUUCGUCCUUUUCAGCUCCGUCGUAGGAACAUCCGGCAACCCAGGCCAAUCCAACUACGGCGCAGCGAACACCUUCGUCGACUCUUUCGUAACCUACCGACGAUCUCUAGGCCUUCCAGCAACCCGCGUCACACUCGGCGCCGUCGAAGAAGUAGGCAACUUCAGUCGCAACACUCGACUAGUCGAGCUCUUCCAAACGCAAUCACGCUUCUCCCUCUCCGAGAAAGAAGUCAUUGACGCAUUCCGUCUCGCCCUACCUCACACCAACACCACCACCGACCCGCCCUCCCUUAUCGCCUCCCCACUAGACAUAAUGGUCGGGGUAACGUCCUUCCUCAACCCGGACCAAAUGGAGAUAAACAACAGCAAAGCCUUAUUCGAGCAAGACGUGCGCUUCAACAUCCCCUCCCUGAUGCGAACCAGCAAAGCCGAAGCGCACAAUCAAGAAGCCGACGUUCUCCUCCGAUUAUUCGAAGCCAUCGCCAACGACCCAUCCUUCCUAAAUGACCCUAAAUGCGAGAGCACCAUUAUCUGCGAACUCGGGAAACGCGUCGGCAAUUUCUCGGCGCAGGCCGGGCUCGACGAGAAGCAGAUCGCUAGUUUCCCUAUCGACUCGCUCAUGGGGCUGGAAGUUAAGUAUUGGAUUCGGCGUAGUUUGGAUCUGGAGACGUCUGUUCUGGAGAUCUCACAGGCGAAGACUGUAGCUGGUGUGGCGGCUUUGGUUAUGAAGGGGCUACGGACGAAGUAUGGCAUUAGUGCUGAGGAUGGAACUGGCUAG